AUGACGACCCCCUCAGGCAAGAUCAUCCCGCCACGGCAACGCAAGAUCGCCUUGUUGGGAUCGAGAUCGGUUGGUGAGUGUUCCGUUGAGGCCUGGUCGGGUCGGAACGAUUGAUGAUGAUGAGGUCACGAGAUGAGCGGGGGACGACCACGACCACGACCACGACCACGACCACGGCCACGGCCACGAGGCGGCGGUAAAUCGGCGGCGAACGGUCUUGAUGCCGAGAUCAAAGCCGCGUAUCGAGUGCAAGUGGGGCGAUCCGAGGGCGCACCAGCCAGGACGAUAAGAUCUUUGCCAACCACAGAACGGGAUGGAAUGCGUGGGCAGGCCCUGGUGGAGGUCCAUGCAGGCCAUUUCCGAGGGUGGGGGAAGGAGCGGGCGCGAACGACGCCGUGGUCACCGCUGGGCUCGAGACCCGCGAUCGCGCGCUGGGCCGUGGUGUUGGGCAUGAUGCACACUUGACCACAGCUUUCGAUUGAACAUCAGCAUCGUGGUUCCUACGCCAUGUGCGUGCCACGCAAGGGCUAACCCCACUCGCGUCUCAUCCGACCCGUCGCCAGGCAAAUCGUCGCUGACGGUCCAGUUCGUCGAUUCGCACUUUGUCGAUUCCUAUUACCCGACAAUCGAGAACACGUUCCAGAAGGUCGUCAAAUACAAGGGGCAAGACUUCAACCUCGACAUCAUCGACACCGCAGGGCAGGUAAGGCAUCACCGGCUCGAUCCGAGAGCGAUCGUGGGGCCAGGCAUCGGGAUCGACAAGAGGCGCCUUCGUUCCCGAUCUCGAGGCGGUCGAUGAGAAGUAUGUGAAAGACUAGCAGCUGACCUCGAAGUUCAACCCAUACACAGGACGAGUUUUCAAUUCUGUCUUCGAAACAUGCCGUCGGGCUUCAUGGCUGGGUGCUCGUCUACUCCGUCUCGUCGCGUUCGAGCUUUGAAAUGAUCCAGAUCGUCCGGGAAAAGGUCCUCAACUACACGGGGCGGGAGAACGUGCCCAUGGUCUUGGUCGGGAAUAAGAGUGAUUUGGCAGUGCAGAGGUCAGUCUCGGGCCUGCGUCUGGGCUUAGUGCUGUAGAGGAUGGAAGCUCAGAUUUGUCUCUUCGUGCUCGCGAUCUUCAGACAAGUCCCACGAGAAGAAGGUGCCGCUCUGGCCGCGUCAUGGGGGAUGUGCGGCUUCACCGAGGCCUCGGCGCGCCACAACGAGAACGUCAGCAAGAUCUUUGAACUUGUCGUCGCUCAGAUCGAGAAGGACAUGAACCCCGAGCCAGAGGAGCCCGCCAAGAGUGGGUGUCGGGUCAUGUGA